AUGGAUAUUUCAGGACUUUCAUUAACAGUGAUUAUUUUAGGACUUUCAUUAAUAGUGAUUAUUUUGAGACUUUCACUUUCACUACAGGCAGAAUUGAUACUUUGCAUUUCUAGUUGUAAUAGUGAAGUAGUUAAAGUUACAAAUGAGAAUAAUGAAGCACUCAAGAAUAAAGACUAA